UGAAUUGGACGGUGGGGUUUCUUUCUCUUGAACAAAUGUGAAGAAAAACCCAUCUAAAAAAAACUGAUGCAGUGUACAACUGAUGAAAGACCUGCAGGUUUUGCAUUCUUAUGCAUUAAAAAAACACUUCUUUUGUUGUUUUUGAAGCUGCUUUGUGGUUUAGAUGUGCAGCUGUUAUCUGGCCUGUUCCCUCUUGUGGUACUUGUAACCCCAAAGUGGCCGUGUUUCUAAGCAACCGGUAAAAUGAGGGCUUAACCGAGGAUUUAUAAACACUUCAAUCACUGCGAUUUAUUUGGUAGGAGAAUGUUGAUCAUCCUUAAAACCAGCGGAGGAAGAACUGCAUCACUUCAAACUACGCUUGAACUCGUCAGGAGACGGAAACAACAAGAGAAGUUAUUAAAGGAGACAGAAGCUUUAUGAGUGCAGGUCAGACAGAGAACACAGUGAACCUGCUCAGGUGUGUGUUUAUGAAGGGGGAUGCUGCCGCUGGAGACGCUCACCGCCGGCCCCGAGCUGGUCGACAACACGGUGUCUGAAGUCACCGCCGUUCUGCUUCUGCUGCUGCUGCUGCUGCUGCUGCUCUUCACCGCCUGGAGACAAACACACAGACAGUCACAUAUACCUGGUCCUUCCUUCUUGGCAGGACUCGGUCCCAUCCUCUCCUACAGCAGAUUCAUCUGGACCGGGAUCGGAACAGCGAGCAACUACUACAACAACAAAUAUGGCAGCAUGGUCCGGGUCUGGAUUAACGGCGAGGAGACCCUCAUUCUGAGCAGGUCUUCAGCGGUGUAUCAUGUCCUGAGGAGCGCCCACUACACGGCCAGGUUCGGGAGUAAAAGAGGGCUGGAGUGUGUUGGGAUGGAGGGGAGGGGAAUCAUCUUCAACAGUGAUGUCCUGCUCUGGAGGAAAGUGAGGGCAUAUUUUUCUAAAGCUCUGACGGGCCCCGGCCUCCAGAGGACGGUGGGGAUCUGUGUGAACUCCACGGCCAAAUACCUGGACCGCCUGCAGGAGAUGACCGACCCCUCCAAUCACGUGGACGCUCUCAAUCUGCUGAGAGCCGUAGUGGUGGACAUCUCCAACAGGCUGUUCCUCGGGGUGCCGCUCAACGAAAAGGACUUGCUGAUGAAAAUCCACAACUACUUUGAGACCUGGCAAACAGUUCUUAUAAAGCCAGAUAUAUUCUUCAAGAUUGGAUGGAUGUACAACAAGCACAAGAGAGCAGCCCAAGAGCUGCAGGACGUGAUGGAGGGCCUUCUUGAGAUGAAAAGAAAGAUUAUAAAUGAGACGGAGAAGUUGGACGAUGACCUUGACUUUGCUACGGAGCUCAUCUUUGCUCAGAACGUGGGAGAGCUUUCAGCGGAUAACGUCCGGCAGUGCGUGCUGGAGAUGGUGAUUGCAGCACCGGACACACUUUCCAUCAGCCUCUUCUUCAUGCUGCUGCUGCUGAAACAAAACCCAGACGUAGAGAUGAGGAUAGUGGAGGAGAUGAACACUGUCUUGAGUGACAAAGGUGAAGACGUUGAUUAUCAAGGCUUGAAAGUGAUGGAGAGUUUCAUCAACGAGUCGUUGAGGUUUCAUCCGGUGGUUGAUUUCACGAUGCGAAAAGCUCUGGAAGACGACGUCAUCGAAGGCACUAAAAUCACAAAAGGAACCAACAUCAUUCUCAACAUCGGUCUCAUGCAUAAAACUGAAUUCUUCCCAAAACCCAAAGAGUUCAACCUGAUGAACUUUGACAAAGCAGUGCCCAGUCGUUUCUUCCAGCCCUUUGGCUGCGGACCUCGCUCCUGCGUGGGCAAACACAUCGCCAUGGUGAUGAUGAAGGCCAUCCUGGUCACUCUGUUGUCUCGAUACAGCGUGUGUCCUCGUCGAGGCUGCACCCUCGACAGCAUCAGGCAGACCAACAACCUGUCGCAGCAGCCUGUGGAGGACGAGCACGGCCUGGCCAUGCGCUUCAUCCCUCGCCAUGCUGUCUGAGUUCAUGCUGUCAUGAACUCAUCACAGUCAACACAGUCAGCAGAGAGACACA